GUUUGAAAGGUGACGUACGGCUUGUCUGUUUUGUAGUCUUCAGCGUUCCAGUUCCGCCCACCGCAAAAACAGGACAGACAGCAACAGGUAGGCUAUGUCAAGGUUUAGGAUAAUUCCUUUCUACAUGGGACAAAUGAUUGUUUAGCCUCGGUUGCCCGGGCGACGGGAGAAAGGUGAGCUGCAGGAGCGGGGAAGACCCCGGGAAAACUGACGUCACCAGACGGAACUCCCAUUACCCUCAACCAACAUCCAGCAGACUGCUGCUGUGUAAGACCUCUCAGUAGUACACAGCCAGCGGACCGGUAGCCUAGGCUCCAGUGAGAGAGACCGGAGAUGGUGUCAUUUGUGACCGCUGAAUGUGGCUCCGAGACUGUUCACAAACGGAGACGGACAACCGGCGCAGCUCCUGCCACAGAAGCGCUCACACCGGUCCAGCAGCGGCAGACCGCCCGGCACAGAAAACAGACACUCACGUCCAAGUUGAGUGACUCCGGUUUCGAGGAAGACUUGGGAUCCUCGCCGGUUUCGUCCCCGGCUCGGAUAGAUGUGUCCCCGCUCCGUUCAGACGAGCCUCCUGCAGGACAGCUGUCCAACUGGUACCUCCAGUAUGGGGACAUCGGUUACAAGAUCCAGAGAGAGAAAGAGGCGCAGUUUCAUCCCUGCAAAAGCUUGGCACGCCAGCCACAAUUGACUGCCGAGGCACGGUGUAAGCUCGUCAGCUGGCUCAUCCCUGUAAACAAACAUUUCCGUCUGUCCUUUGAGUGCUGCUGCCUGGCGGUGAACAUCAUGGACAGGUUCCUGGCAUCCACACCGGUGGCUGCUGACUGCUUCCAGCUGCUGGGUGUAACUGCCCUCCUCCUAGCCAGUAAACAGGUGGAGGUGUGCUCACCGCGGAUCAGCCACCUCUUGUCCUUCUGCUGUGAUGCCUUCACUAAGGAGCAGCUGUGCAACCUGGAGUGUCUCAUCCUCCUCCGUCUCAACUUCUGCCUCGAUGCACCCAACCUGGCCUUUUUCCUGAGCUAUUACACCAACUGCAUUGAGGCUGCCCAGCUUGUGUCUGAGAACACAGGUGGUGACAGGUUUGCAAGAAGGAAUCCAGACACAAAAAGACGCGGGCAGUGCAGCAACCUUGCACGUAAGGUGUGCGAGUUGAGUCUGGCAGACUAUGCUUUCAACAAAUACCCACCAUCUCUGACUGCUAGCUGCGCACUGAAGCUAGCCAGUGAGUUACUGAAAACUGAACAAGGGCUUGUUGAGCAUGCAACCAUCCAGGCACAGGAGAACCAGUGGGGCCGUUCUGUGGAUGAACUAUGUACCCAACCAGCUUCUGCCCAUUUAUCUGAGAGCCCUGAGCUUUCUGAGGGCGACUCUCUGGCAGAGAAGGGCCACUUCCUGUCUGUGAGUCAGGACAGUUACAACCACAGUCUGGCCCAAGAAUGCAAAGACAACCUGAAGCUGUUGGUGUCAUUAAACCAGGAGACAUUGGAAGUGAUGUCUACCAUGUGACUACAAGUGUGCCACCCUUCAGAUGUCAGCAAAAUGCCAAAUUCCCCUCCACUUUUUAAGGUGAUCUUCAGAAGACGUAUCUCAUCUUUACCUCAUAGACAAUCAGUUGCUUGCACCCACUGAAUGUUUUACAAUUUAGUAUAUUUGUUUUAUAUUUAUUGAUAGUAGGUUAUUGUUUAUCAAUGAAGAAUAUUAAUAAAUUCUGUUUAUUUUAAUUCAUUCUAAAUCAAAGUCAUUAUUUACUGUAUAUGCACUGACUUGCUGCAGGUUUACUGUAUGAGCUACGUUACUGCUGCAACCUCUUUAAGGAAGGACCUGGAAAAAUGUGCUGUAAUGAAUUGAUUUUUUUAAAUUAUGAAAUAAAUGAUCACUAAAUGAA